AUGGAUUUCCAGAGCUGGUUUGCCUUCCCAGUGGGGGUAUUGCUGUGCUGUGCUCUUCAGACAUCUGCUGUUCAACAUCCUGCAUCUCACAACUGCACCAGCAAUGGUCAGAGAAUAUCCUUCAGCCACUCGUACAAGAUUGACCUGCCCACAUCCUCCCAGAUUAAGGUGGAAGCAGAUCCAUUACUGCAUGAAGACAACAGUGAGGUGCAGCUAGAUCCUGGAGAGGCUGAGGAAAAUGAAGAGCAGAAUAUCAUCUUUAGGCACAACAUCCAUGUGCAUGCACCCAAAGGGGACUGUGAAAAUUUGACCCACAUUAAGGGUCUGCUUGAGAGGAUGGAGAAGCUGGAGAAAGACGUGGCAGAGCUGAGAGAAGUUUGCAGCCCUCAGAAGUGCUGUGGGGGAAGCCAAGGUGUCUCGCAUUGCAGUGGCCAUGGGACUUUCCUCUAUGAGACUUGCAGCUGUAAGUGUGCCAAGGGCUGGGAGGGCAGUGACUGCUGCCGCCCCACCUGCCCCAGCCGCUGCAGUGGCCGUGGGCGCUGUGAUGGUGGGAAGUGUAUCUGUGAUGAGCCUUACUUUGGUGAGGACUGCAGCCAGCAGCUCUGUCCUGAGAACUGCACUGGCAACGGCAUCUGUGACACAGCCAAAGGGGUCUGCCAGUGCUAUGAGGAGUUCAUCAGAGAGGACUGCAGCGAGAAACGAUGUCCCGGGGACUGCAGUGGCAAUGGGUUCUGUGACACAGGAGAGUGUUACUGCCACGAUGGCUUCUUUGGCCUUGACUGCUCCCAGGUGCUUGCUCCUCAGAACCUGCAGCUGCUGAACUCCACAGAGAACUCUCUGGCUGUCAGCUGGGAUCAUAUGAUUGAUGUGGAUAAUUACCUCAUUAGCUAUUAUCGAGUAGGGUAUGAGACAUUGGUGAAACAAGUCCACCUGCCCAAAGAGCAGCUCAGCUAUGAGAUUGUGGGUCUCCACCCUGGCACCACAUACAAUGUCACGCUUCGUCAUGUGAAGAAGGGGAUUGCCAGUGAGCCCCAGUAUCUAGAAGCAAGUACAGUCCUGUCUGCACUCAAUGCCAUCUGGGUGACAGAGGAGAUGGAGCACUCCCUGGAAGUGGAGUGGGAGAACCCACCAACAGAGGUGGAUUAUUACAAGCUGAAGUUCAGAUCCCUGAUGGAGGUAGAUGAGAAGCAGGUCACGGUACCCAAAAGCAAUGACCCUAAGAGCAGACACAUCAUGACUGGCCUGAAACCUGGCACAGGGUAUGAGGUUACCAUCAUACCUGUGAAAGACAAUACAGAGGGGAAACCAUCCUCAGUGAGUGGUAGGACUGGAGUUGAUAGUCCAACCAAUGUGGCAACUGACCAAGUGACAGAGGAUACAGCCACUGUCUCAUGGAGUAAAGUUGAGGCUCCCAUAGACAGGUACAUGGUGAGAUACACCUCAGCUGAUGGGGACAUCAAGGAAAUAGAGGUGGGGAGUAAAAAUGACAUCAUCACCUUACUGGAUCUGAAGCCAGGCAUGGAAUAUGUCAUCCACAUCUGGGCAGAGAAGGGACCCCAGCGGAGCAAGAAGGCAAGCACCAGUGCCGUGACAGAAAUUGACAGCCCAACUGAGCUGUUGACUGACCAAGUGACAGAGGAUGCAAUUACUGUUUCCUGGAACAAAGUCCAGGCUUCAAUAGACAGAUACAGAGUGAGCUACACCUCAGCUAAUGGGGACACAGAGGAGAGAGAGGUGGAGAAAGACAAGAAUGUCACUACUUUGGCAGGACUGAAGCCAGGCAUGGAGUACGUCAUUUACAUCUGGGCAGAAAAGGGAGAACAACAGAGCAAGAGGGCCAGCACUGAGGCUGUGACUGAAAUCGACAGCCCAGCUCACCUUGUGACUGAUCAAGUGACAGAGGACACAGCCACCAUCUCCUGGGCCAAGGUCCAGGCUCUCAUAGAUAGGUACACGGUGAACUACACCUCUGUUGAUGGUGACACAGAGGAGAUGGAAGUGGGAAAGAACGAGACUACCACUACUUUGACAGGACUGAAACCUGGCAUUGAAUAUGUCAUCUUCCUCUGGGCAGCGAAGGGAACCCGGCAGAGCAAGAGGAUCAGCACUGAGGCAGUGACAGAAAUGGACAGCCCAAAGAAUCUGGUAACUGACCGAGUGACAGAGGACUCAGCCACCAUCUCCUGGGAUAGUGUCCAAGCUCCCAUAGACAGGUAUAUGGUGAGCUACACUUCUGCUGUUGGGGACACCAAGGAAAUAGAAGUGGGGAAGAACAAGAGCAUUACCACCCUGACAGGACUGAAACCAGGCAUGAAGUACACCAUCCAUCUCUGGACAGAGCUGGGAAGCAAGCAGAGCAAGAGGGCAAGCACUGACAUGCUGACAGAGAUCGAUCCUCCCAAGAACCUCCAUGUGUCAGAUGUGACUCAUUCUACUGGCGUGGUUACCUGGACUCCUCCUGCAGCACAGAUUGAUGCCUAUGUUCUGACUUACCAGGGUCGAGAUGGCAUGAGCAAGGAAGUACAUCUGGGUCCUAGCGAACAACGGUUUGUGCUGGAAGGACUGGAACAAGGAGUGAGGUAUACCAUCUUUGUGAGGGCCUAUAAGGGAGAUUGCCAGAGCAGAAAGACAGACAGUACCUUCUCAACAGUUAGCUUCCUCUACCCGUAUCCUGCAGACUGCAGCCAGAUGCAGCAGAACGGCAAUGCCUCCAGUGGCAUGUAUACCAUUUACCUGAACAGGGAUGGCAGCAGGCCGAUGCAGGUGUACUGUGACAUGACCACUGAUGGAGGCGGGUGGAUAGUGUUUCAGAGGCGGAGCACUGGCGAGGUGGAUUUCUACAAACACUGGAAAAAUUAUGUGGAAGGCUUUGGAGAUCCCACUGGGGAAUUUUGGCUUGGUCUUGACAAGCUGCACAAUCUCACAAGUAGCAGCCCCAUCCGCUAUGAGCUCCGGGUGGAUUUGCGGACAGCCAGCGAAUCUGUCUAUGCUGUCUAUGACUUCUUCCAGGUUGCCUCGAGCAGGGACAGAUACAGGCUGUCGGUGGGGAAUUACAGAGGCAAUGCUGGGGAUGCAAUGACCUACCACAAUGGCUGGAAGUUCACAACGUGGGACAGAGACAAUGAUGUGGCUCUCAGCAACUGUGCUCUGACACACCAUGGUGCAUGGUGGUACAAGAACUGCCACUUGGCCAACCUCAAUGGGAAAUACGGGGAGAGCAAGCACAGUGAGGGGGUGAACUGGGAGCCAUGGAAAGGCCAUGAAUUCUCCAUCCCUUUUACCGAGAUGAAGAUCCGUCCUCAGUCUUCCAGUAAUGAGCCAAUACUGGGGAGGAAGAACAGGUCUCUAUCAGGGAAGAGGAAGAAGAUCAGGGCUUAA